AUGACGCGACGAAUGGUCUAUGGUAUAGGCCUCUGGGUCUUCCUAGCAGCCGUCGCCCUGACCUUCACCUCGAUGGCUCUGCCCGACUGGAUCUCAUACACCAGCCCCGUAUCCACCUCUCCCAAUCCGGCCCACCCCUCUGCCCCAAUUCACGUCUCCUACGGACUGCACCGUCGAUGCUCUUCGCUCACCUCUGGCUGUACACCCUUCCCAGUGCCUGAAGACUGCCAUGGCGAAGACCGAUACUUUUGCUCCAUGUGGAGGAGUGUAGGCUUCCUUAUGAACUUCUCUGUUGUUCUGGAACUAGCGACUUUUGUCGCUUUUGCGGUUGUGUUGCUUGGAGGAAGAAGUAAUAGAGAAGGAGGGUGGAAGAUGUGUGCUGGGUUACUGGGCGUUGUGGUUGUUUGUCAGGUUGCUGCUAUGGGCAUUGUGGCUUUCCUCUUUGAUCAUGAUAACCGCUUUUUCGUUGGCUGGAAGUUGGAUAGGAGUUGGAUCCUCUGCACCGUCUCUUGGAUUGUGCUGUUGGUGGAUAUGGUUGGUAUUGUUGUUGCUGCCAAGAUGUUGCCUGCUGAGGAUGACUACGAACCUAUUCCUGAUAGGAGAUGA